UUUCCCUCGCUCUUUCACUUUCGAAACAGAUUUUCCCCGGUGCGGACGUUUUAAAAAAAAUAGUCCCAUUAAUUUCCUCUCUACUCCACUAAGACCAUGAAUUCCUUUGUAAUUGUUCUAAACAUAUUUGCAUUAGUAUUCCUAAAAAAUUCUCUGGCUUUUAUUAAUGGUUUUCCCAAAGAACGAUGUGACGACAUGGAUCCUACUAAAAUAAAACUCGAUCAAAAUAAAGCAGCAGGUGCAGACGAUAAUUCGGAAAAUUCCACUGACUAUGUUUCUGAAGAUAAACCACCCCCCACAUCCAUCCGAGCAUCUGAAAGCCUAAACUUGUAUAGAAUUGUGACAUCUGAUCCAAAAUAUAGACGUGGACGUGAUUUAAAUAUAACGAUUCGGGGAGAAUUCAGUGCUUUUAUGCUCCAAGUUCGAAAGAUUGGCGCUGAUGAGCGAAGAGGAGUUGACAAACCAGCACGAGUAGGAGAAUUCGUCAGCUAUCCUCCAUCUAUUCAACCUGUUAUGUGUGAUAAAGAUGAGAAAACAGCCAUAACAAAUAAGAAUUUUUCGCCAAAAUCCCAUGUCAGCGUCACAUGGAGAGCUCCUAAGGAGGAUGUUGGAGAUAUACAUAUCGUAGCUCGGUUUAUUUCUGAAGAAGAAUAUUGGCAAAUAACAGAAAGUCGAGAAAUUCCGAUGAAUGAAUUCCCUGUCAACCUAAAGAAUUGUGGGAAAGCGAAAUCUUGCAUAUUGUAUUCUGAGAAAAGUGCUUCUUGCCAUGAAGACAACUGCGAUUACAUUUUAACUUACAGCGUAAUAAAUAGCACCAGCGUUGAAUUUGUUCUUGGUGGAUCAGCCAAAGAUCAAAACUACUUAGCUGUUGGGUUUUCUACAACUCCAGAAGGAGAAAAUCUAAAAAUGAUAUCUUGCAUAAAAGGGAAAAGUUCGGCAGAAAUCAAAUACUUUGUACUAAAUACGAUCGAAGAAGGACCAACAGAAGCUCAAAUGCAAUUGGAAAAUAAGAAAAUGGAUUUAGAUGGUGAUGACAGAAUGUGGUGCAGCUUUGUGGCUCCUAUGGUGACGCAUUCCGAAGAAGGAAACAGUUUGGAUCUUAGUGUUCCGUUGUACCAAGUAUACUUAAGAGGAAAUACCAACUACACCAGAGGAGCCCACUACCCUGUUUUACCAGCAAAACUUAUAGCGUCCAAAAAGGAAGUACAAAUAGAAAAAAUUAAGCUUCAGUACCAUACCAUGGAGAAGCCAAAGAGUCAGAACUCAGCAGCAGACAUUCCUCGCACUAUGGUCCUCCUUAUUGUUAUUCCUCUAAUCUUAUUAGUUAAUCACAAACAGCUAACAGCAAGGUUCUUGUAACAUAUCAACCAUUGAAAAGUCUGUAAUUUAUUGGCUUACAGAGGCCACCCAACGACGCACUAUAUCAUUGCAUCUGUUGAUUAGUACCAGAGUUAGGAUGUUGAUCUGAUAAAUUUGUAGAAAUGUCCUUAAAAUACGCCUAUAGAAACCAUAAAAAAAUUAACUUAAAAUAAUAAAUAACUUUAAAAAUUUUUAAACAAGUUUUUUAUUAUUUUAACAAAAAUAUAUAAUAAAUUGUAACUUGUAUUCAGAAAUUAAAUAAAAUAUAAGGUAAUAAAUGAAAUGAAAUAGAUCGAUAGGUAGAUCAAAAACAACUUAUGAAUAAAAUUUAAAUAAAUCCCUGAUAAUUAAGAAUUCAUUAAUUUUUAAUUACAAUCUUCAAGAACAUCAGAAUUGUAUUGCAUCGUUAAACUUCUAAUAUUUUUAAAAUUAAAAGAUUGUCUUUUGUCCCAAAGAAAAUUCUUAUAUCUUAAAAACUUUAUUCAACAUCAACACUUGUAAUUGGAGGAUGUUUAAAAUAACAAAAUUCAAUUCAAAAUUUACAUUAAUUUAUAGAGAAAAAUUCGCUUAAAAUGAAAAAUAGCAUUCAAAAUUCAUAAAAAAAUUAUUAAAAAGGAAAAAAAAACCCGAAUAGGUACCCUAAAAAAAACCAUGAAUAAUGCUUUAUAGAAGAUAAAAUAACCAAACAAGCAAUCAUCAUCAACAUUCUAGCUCUGGUUAUUACGUUUUGAAUACCUUUUAUUUGUUGAGAUUUGAAAGACACACAUCUUUUGCUCUUUUAUCUUGCACAUUUAUAGAACUGAUGAGAAUAAAAAUUUGGAUAGAUUUUAUGUAGUUUAAUAGCAAGAACUGAUGAAGGUAAAAUAUGCGACCUAUGUAUUUAUUUUCAUUUUCCCCAUUUUCUCACCUGUAUAAAUGAUCCACUUAGAUAUGAAAUAAAUUAUCAAAACCUUCUA